CCGGGUCAGAAGCUGUUUAGAAUCAGGAUGGCAGUAAGCUAAUGACAAAUUCUUAUCACAAAGCUGAAUUUACAAAAUUAUAAAAGAUUUUUUUCUAGUCGUAUCAAUUCCAAUGGCAUCUCAGAUCCCUAUAACCGUAAGGACGCAGCCGCCAGCCGCCAGCGUUGCUGCUCUCCGGGGGAAGAAACGUCCCAUUAGUCCGGCGGUUUCUGGUGUUCAGCAGACCUCCGGGAUCAGUAACAUGAUUAUCAGCAGCAAAAAGAAGAAAGGACCGUUGACAGCAACAUCAACAACACAAACACAGGUAACAGCAGUGGAGAUGGUGGCUGAGGUGAAGGCAGUGGGAUCCAUAGACAGCGGGUCAACCAGUACAGAGUCCACUGCAAAGCCUCCCCCUUUCAAAGACUACACAUUUAUGCACUCUGGCAUUGGUGGAGCAGCAGCAGGCAAAAAGAACAGGACCUGGAAGAAUCUGAAACAGAUUCUGGCUUUGGAGCGGACGUUACCCUGGAAGCUCAAUGAUCCUAACUACUACAACAUUGAUGCUCCUCCCUCACUGCAGCCAGCCAAGAAAUACUCAGACAUCUCUGGACUCCCUGCAAACUACACAGAUCCUCAGACAAAGCUGCGCUUCACAUCCUCCGAGGAGUUUUCCUACAUCCGUCUCCUCCCCACUGAUGUUGUUACAGGCUACCUGACUCUUCGGAAAGCAACGUGCAUAGUACCGUGAUGGCAGAAAUCUGGAGAAGGAUUUGAACUUGCUGGAAGAAGCUGCUGGGUCGUUGGUGAGAGAGUGUAGACACCUCAUAGAAAGCCAACUCAGCUUUGAAGAGCAGUGAAAGAACAACAGCUGGAGCUCCAAAGCUCACUGUUGUUAUAAAGGAGGAAAUCUGAGAUAAUUGUUGCUGAAUUACAGAAAUUUAAAAGAAGAAAGAAGGGAAAACAUAUUUUUCUUGCUUGAAUGUUUCGGUUGGGCUGUAAGUGAGACGCGUUUCGAUCAAACAGUUUUGCCAUUCACUGGAUGGUAUGAUGUCACUCCAGCAAACAGUCCAGUAAAUGCUUCUCAUCUUUCAGGAUUUCACAUAAUGAGCUUUUGCUUUAACUUAUUCAUUGAAAUGCUUGAUGUUAUUUUCCCACCAAGUACUUGUAAUUCCUUUAGCAGGUUUAAGAACCUGGCAUAGUAUUACCCCAGCUGAAUCCUUGGGGUAUAGUUAUUUGUCAAGUACUGCAUGGUUACACUGGCCAAGAAGCUGUAAAGUAUCUUGUUUCAAAUAUCUUUAACAAACGUAUGAAUUGAGUCUGAUUGUGGAGGAAAAUUUUCUUUUCUUUUAGCAGUUUGUUAGGAUGUAUUCUUUAUUAACAGUUUAUUUUUAAAAGGUAUAAAUAAAAAUGAUCUCUUUU